ACUGAACCUGUCUUUAUCAAUGCCUGUCAGACUGAUGUUGGAGUCGUGUAAAUGUGUACGUGUAAACCUGCUUACAGAAAUCGGAAAAUAAUGAAUUUAUUAGUGAAGUCGGGCCAAAUAAACUGCCACGAAAUCACGGCAAGUGAUUAGGUUCAGUGCGGUGCUCGAAAUGUGGAAAACCCAACAUUUUUUCAGCAAAUAACCAACACAUUUGUUUACAUUUUUUUUCAAUUAGUCGCUUCAAGAAGUGAAUAUUUGCUGCUUAAUUAUUACCCAUGCGACCUGUGAUAUUUAGAUUAGUGUAUGUGAUGUGCAUAGUUUGUUAGCAUUUAAUUUCGACGACUUUACCGUUUCGGGACCAGCCAAAAUGCUGAAUGGAAAACUCAAAAUACACACCUGUAGGGUUAUCCUGCUCACAUCCCUAGUGUGGUUUUUAGUGGACGUAGUGAUUCUGAGUUUUUAUUCCGAGUGCCUCGGUGGUUCCUGCAAUCAGAAAAACCCGGAAGCUUUGGCUCAGAUCGACGGCAGCAAAGAUUAUGAUAAUGCAUUCGACGACAACAAAAUUGACGAAAUUCAACCCCAAAGAAAUAGCCCGAGCAAUUCUCAUGGAAGUGGCACCGGAGGAAUUUCGAUCACUUACCGUUCGCAUGAGCUGAAGAAAUGGCGUAUCGCCCCCGUGGUUCUUCCAGCCGGCGAACUUCCUGGUGAAAGAGGAAGAGCAGUUAACAUCCCGCCCGAACAGGACGAGCUGAUGAAGGAAAAGUUCAAGUUGAAUCAGUUCAAUUUGUUGGCCAGCGACAAAAUCUCGUUGAAUCGAUCAUUACGAGAUGUACGACUAGACGGAUGUAAAAGUAAAGUGUAUCCAAGACUUCUUCCCACUACGUCGAUCGUGAUUGUGUUCCAUAAUGAGGCCUGGAGCACACUUCUGCGGACUGUCUGGAGUGUGAUAAAUCGCUCUCCUAAAGCUCUUCUUCAGGAAAUUAUCCUCGUUGAUGAUGCAAGCGAACGCGAUUACUUGGGCAAAAAGUUGGAAGAUUACGUAAAGACUCUACCUGUGCCUGUCUACGUGUUGAGGACCAACAAACGAUCCGGAUUAAUCCGGGCUAGAUUGUUGGGAGCCGAAAAAGUAACCGGUCAGGUGAUCACGUUCUUGGAUGCUCACUGCGAAUGCACAGAAGGGUGGCUGGAACCGCUUCUAGCUAGAAUCGUACAGAACCGAAAAACGGUGGUUUGUCCUAUAAUCGACGUUAUUUCUGAUGAAAGUUUCGAAUAUAUCACCGCUUCCGAUAUGACAUGGGGUGGCUUUAACUGGAAGCUGAACUUUAGAUGGUAUCGAGUUUCAGAACGGGAAAUGAACAGACGCAAAGGAGACAGAACUGCACCUUUACGCACACCUACAAUGGCAGGUGGGCUUUUCUCCAUAGACAAGGACUAUUUCUACGAAAUUGGAUCGUACGAUGAGGGCAUGGAUAUUUGGGGCGGUGAGAACUUGGAAAUGAGCUUCAGGGUCUGGAUGUGCGGAGGGACGUUGGAAAUAGCGACGUGUUCUCAUGUAGGUCACGUGUUCCGCAAAUCGACUCCCUAUUCGUUCCCCGGUGGCACCUCUCGGAUAGUCAACCACAACAACGCCCGAUUGGCUGAAGUGUGGCUGGAUCAGUGGAAGGACUUCUAUUAUAACAUCAAUCCAGGUGCCCGAAACGUGGCAGUAGGCGAUGUUUCCAAGCGGAAAGAACUAAGAGAAAAGUUGCAAUGUAAAAGCUUCAGAUGGUAUCUGGAAAAUGUUUAUCCGGAAUCUCAGAUGCCCCUGGAUUACUACUACUUGGGAGACAUCCGAAACAUGGAAACGAAGAACUGUCUGGAUACAAUGGGGAGAAAAUCGAGCGAAAACCUGGGCAUGACUUAUUGCCAUAACAUGGGCGGCAAUCAGGUGUUUGCCUACACCAAGCGGCAACAAAUCAUGAACGAUGAUAACUGUUUGGAUGCCAAUGGCAAGCAGGGGCCUGUUAAGUUGGUGCGAUGCCACGGAAUGGGCGGAAAUCAAGCUUGGGUUUACGACGAGGUGGACAAAACAAUCAAGCACGUGAACACAGGUAGCUGUUUGCAAAAACCCGAUUCCAAGGACGUGAAUUUGCCAUUGUUGCGCCCUUGCAACUAUGGAGAGGGUCAGCAAUGGAUCAUGGAAAGCGACUUCAAGUGGCAAGCGAAUAACCACCACGAAGAGGAGAGAUAGAACUAAGCGCGCAGUUUUGCAACAUUUUGUGAUAGGGCUGAAGCAACGGCAUCUAAUUCUGAAACGGGCGCCUGUAAAAUGUGUAAAUAACAGAACGAGAUUUUUUUUAUGAAUAACGAGUUUUCUAUGAAAAGGGAUAGUUGUUAAAUUUUUUAACAGGCCAGAUUUCUUGAAUGAGAGAACAUUAGAAAUUUCAGAAAAUGGUUUAUUUCCUCUGAAUCAUCAAGAAAACUAGUACUGGGUACCCUUGGAAUAAUUUUCGCAUUUAUACCGCGUUAUAAUUAACCCAGAAUAUCGAGCAUUUUUCUUUUGGAAAUACACGUAAACUGUGCUUAAAUCGGUUCUAACAUUAACAUUCCAUUUUUUUUAUUAUGCAUGUUAUCGGUCAGAAUGCUACUUUGAAUAUUUUUCCUUGCAUAAGCUUUAGGUAUUUCAAGCUGAUGAUAAUUGUGCAUAGGUAAUAACAUACUAAUUUUCUAGCGACUCUUCCAUAAUAACUAGUAGAGUUAAGACUUUCUUUGGCUUUGGUUAGUAAAUGAGUAAUCUGAAUGCCAUUGUACAUAUUUGAGAGAACGGGAAGAUUAUGAUAACUUUUAUACGUACUAGAGAAGUAAUUUCCUUUUCCUAACUAAAACAUUUAGUUCUAUUUGAUUGGCAUAGUAUCGUUGAAAUGCCAAAACUUGCACGAAAUUAGUCAGUUUAGAUCUGGCCAUUUUCUCCCGCUUAAAGUGAGUGUAAAAUAGGAAAAUUUACGAUAAUAAUACGUUUUAAGGAUUUCAAUAUCAUAUCAGAAAUCAAUCUAGCAAUAUCUUAAUAUGCAAAAAUAGGUGAUAUCCAAUAUAGAUAUAAAAUGUUGUCAGGGUUCUCUAAAAUGUAAAUACAAAUCGACGGAACUAUAGUCGUUUGUUUUGCAUUUUAGACUCUCUGCAAUUUAUAAAGAAAAAAACGCGUUUAAAUAAGGUUUUACUGUACAGGGUUAAAUAUAUGACAUAUUAUUUUAAAAUCUUCAUUAGGACGACUGUUGUAGGCAAAGACUGGACAUUAAAGAAAUAUUUAUAAAAGUUUGUCAGAAACAGUUGUAUAACGUGGGAAGCAAAUAGUGUGUUUAUUUAAUCAUUAAAUCGGAGAUCACUUGAAAAAAACAUGUUUACUUUUGGGUAAAAAUACGUUUAAAUUAAACAUCUUGUGGAACGAUUAAUAAACACACGAAUAUGCGCGUAUUCAAUCUUAAUGUUGACCAGGGAUACAGAAUGGAAUUUACAAGCUGUUGCGACGGUUAUAAGGAAAUCUCCGAAAACAUACUUAAAAAUGUCAUUUUAUACAGCUGAGAAUGAUGUGGAAAUUCCUUUCUGUAUCGCUUUUUAUUUUAAACUUGAUGUAAAACAACAUGGUCUUGGCCAGUGAACGCUUCCAAUGAAAUCGAACAAUUGAUCAUGAACGGUGCUGUUUUAUAUGAAAUUAGUUAGUCCCAAUUGAGGUCAACAAAUGUUUUAAAAAAUGUAUCGCACAGUUGAAUGCCCAUCGGGCGCAUUGCUCAUUCUGUUUAUAGCAUUUAUUUAGGUUUUAUUUUAGUGUAAUUGAAAAUACGGUCUUUCAUAUCAGUUGGGAAUGUGUUGCAAUCAGUCCGAAACCAGAAGCAUUUAUAACAAACGAUUUUAUAUACACUCGUGCACACAUUCCUAAACCUAUAAAAAUCGCAGCAACCUUUAUAGUUGCAAUUGGAGUUUUGACUUUGAACAAAAUCAAAAAAAAGGUUUUAACUGCGAUUUGUAACUGUUAAUACCAACAUAUCUAAAAAGUGGUUAAGCAUUUUAAUUUAUGUUUUAUAUUGCGUCGUUUUUUAUAUUUUCGUUGUAAUAAAUUUAAAUUCUGUUGAACUACUUUAGGCUAGGUGGUGGUGCAAUCCGGCUUAAUCUGAAUAAAGUAAAUUAAAACUUGAA